AUGGGACAAACAGGACAAGAAAAGUCGAGUGCCUCGUCUUCUGAACCUUUACUCGAAAAGGGACUUCUUCAAAAUCAGCAACCUGAAGCAAAAUUUUCAUCUCCAACACCAGUGAAAACAAAGGAACCAUCACGGAUUAAGUGCAAAGAAGAAGCAUCUGAACUUCCAGAGAAAUAUACGACAUUAUCUGAGUUUUUUGAUCGUCUGAUUUGUUCAUUGAGAUUGCUUGGCCUACGGAAAAAGUCACCAACUUUCCAGAAUAUCAGCAGUCAGGUUGAAAUCUUGGCAGGGAGGAAGUUUCUGUUGAACCAUCUUGCACAAAUAAAAUAUGUACUUCCUGAGGCCGUUCAGAUUGAUAAGAUACUUGUGCAUGACGAGGAAACCAAGUGCAUGAAGCCAGAUGUUAAGAUUGCAUUGGUAUUUGAUGUUAUAGAAGGUCAUCAUGGAGAAUCUGUGUUCAUGGAACUCAGAAAUCUUUUCUCUUCCCGUCUAAGAAAGUUAUACAUUACACAUCCCAAGGAUUUUGACAUCCCUGAAGCUGUACUUCCAGAGCCAUUUAACAGGAGACCUAUCAACAUCAAGGCGGAACCUACUCCCAACUUAUCAGCUCUACCGGAGAUGGAAGUAUUAAAUUCAUCCCAUCUCUCUCCAUCUUUCUGUAAACGCUUUUCUCAGAAGACUCUUGCUGCAGAGAAAGAAAAGACUCACCUAUUUUCACCUAUAAAAUCUUCUUGUGUGGCUAAUCAAGAAAUUGAAGGAACAGGAAUAUUUCCGGAUUCUUUUUCCAAAUCCACAGACAUUCUCCAAGUGACUCAGACUUCACAUUGUGUUAGCUCCGGCACAUUUGGAAAUACUCCUAUGAAGGUGGCUUCUCCGGAAAAUGACAAUCUAAUUGUUGAAACACCUGCACAAUCUACUCCAAUGAGAUUAAUUUCUCCAAAUAGAUCAGUGCUUACCUGUGAAGACGAGUGCAAGACCGCAACAAGCCAAAACUGCACACCUGGCAGUCUGACUGCAAAGAGGUCGCUAGAUUUUUAUACUUUGGAUGGUGAUAAUACUUCUCAGGACUUUAGUACUGAUGAGAAUGAGAUGGAGCAUUCUGAAAGUGUCUGCAGUACCCUCCCUCAGAUGAAAAUGAAAGGGUGCAAGGUCGAGGAGAGCAGUUGUUACAUUGGUGAUGACCAUGAACUGAAUCAGAAGAAACUUAAUUCACUCAAACAGACGUCUAUCUGUUUGUCUGACCUCGUUCUCUUAAUUCAUCAUAUCUUUCAAUCUGUUAGCUUUCGUUCAAUCACAAAGGAAGAACUUGUUCACAAGAUUAUUCUGAACAACUGUGAUAUUGAUGACAGCAGUGAGAUUCUAAUGCAACUAGAGCAACUGGAGAAACUGGUUCCAGACUGGUUUUACAAGAAGUUUGCUCCCUGUGGAGACUUACUGUACAAUGUGAAAAAAACGUCAGACUUGAAUUCAGUUUGCGAAAGAAUUAACAUCAUAUAA